UAUUACUGUAGUUGGUUGUUUGUCAAGAAGAAAACAGUAAGAAAAUCCAGCCCCAAGAGCAAACCGGUGUGGGUCUGGGAAAACCCAGGCCCUUCAGUGUCCCACAAAAAGCGAUUGGGACAUCGACCUAUAAAGAUCGCAGUUAUUGAUAACGGUAUCAUGAGCGUAACACCUGCACCUCCAAACACCAUCGUCAGCAGCAAACCUCGCCGAAACGGGAUCAGAUCCCGAGAGCCAAAAGGAACGAGCGAAAACAUGAAGAGAAGAACAGAUGUAACCGCAGGGAAGAUUCGCGCUAGCGACCAGCUGAGAUCGAUCAAUGGUGCAGGUAUCAAACCUGGCGAUGACGAAAACCCCGAGGAUGGAGAGAAACAGGCCCGUACCCUGUGGUCCCGCGUACAGAGCGGGCGGUCGUUUGUCGACGACGAAGGUCAAGUGAGCCCCUGGAUGUUCGCCUCCGACCCCCACGGCACCCAGAUGGCCAAUCUUAUUUGCGCCAUCGACCCGUUAUGCAAGCUCUAUAUUACCAAAGUAACCGACAGUAACAAGUACGGCAUCACACCGCAACGCGUGGCUAAAGCCAUCGUCUGGGCAGUCGAUAAUGAUGUCGACAUUAUCUCAAUGAGCUUCUCUAUAGUGGAAACUACGAAUAAGUUCGACGCGGUUAUCAUUCAGGCUCAUUCUAGGGGGAUUAUCUUGAUGUGUAGCAGCCAUGAUGAGGGGGUGGUCGCGCCAAAGAGCUUUCCAGCAAGUUACGAUGAGACACUCACUAUUGCUGCAUGUGACGAAUAUGGCGCGCUGCUUCGGGAAGUAAAGGAUAAAAACGGCUUCAAAUAUAAGCUCAACGCCCUCAACAUUGCCGCCGGGUCAGUUCCGUUUCUUAACUCAAGUGAGCGUAUCUCUGGCAGUUCGGUUACCACCGCCAUAGCAUCGGGCCUGAGCUCUCUCAUUCUGUCUUGCGUUAGUCUGAACAACCCAGGUUGGGAGCAAAGCAUUCCUGAUCAUAGCAACCAAAAGGAACAAGGGAAGGUGUUUAGGAGGAAAGUAGUUCAGAAAUACCUACAGGCCAUAGUAGUACCGGGAUCAGAUUGCUAUCUGAGCUUAGAGAAGUUUAGGAAUAUAAAUGUGCGAUUUCAGGAUGGUCAGCUUAUCAAGGCUCAGACGGUACUUGAACACGCUUUUACGAAGUUUCAUGUUGAUCACGCUAUUAAUAACACAGAGGGGCUCACGUUUUGA